AUGGGCCUUUUCUCCCGGAAAGACCGGCCCCGGCUGCCCAAACCGCCAUCGGGCGCCUCCCACACGCCGCAAAAGGAAAAAUCCCACUCGGCAUCGCCAAAUCCCGAAAAUAAGCCCGCCUCCUCCUUGGUUCCUCCAAAACCAAGCCUACCCAGACAAAUCAGCACAGAACACGCCAACAACUUCGCCGAGGACGAAGAGGACGACGAGUCGGACGACCUGGACUACGAGCCCCACAUGCACACGUUCCUCCCGCGUGACAGGCCGUCGGUGUCUCAGUUAUCGACUUUGAUGGGGUACUGUGGAAUCGGGCUGGAUCUGAAGGAAGGGCUCCAAAAGGCCGCCAACGAGGAGCUGAAACGGACGUUUUCGUUGCUCGACGAAAGCUUCAAAAUCACGCGUUUGCUGCCGACCAUGAGCCGCAAGGAUAAGCUUCUCGAGGCGUCCAUUAUCGAUGAGGCCCAGGUUGCGCUUAUCAACAGACUCAAGGAGGAGCUCAACGCCGUGAUCGACAUCAAGGGCAAACUCCCGGAGCAGUAUUUGCUUCUAAAGGACCACAAAACGCUCCAUCAGCGAUAUGGUGCUGUCAAAGACGUUGUAGGUCGUGGAGCCUACGGUGUUAUCAAGCUCAUAGAUUCUGGUGAAGAGGACCGGGUAUAUGCCGUCAAGGAGCUACAGAAACGCAACCAGGAUAACAAAACAGAGCCCACGGAUAAGUUCAUUGACCGGGUCAUUUCCGAAUUCAUCUUGUCGUCAGCCCUAAACAACAAGAACAUCGUCAGAACCGUCGAUCUCAUGGUCACACUCCCACCAAUCGACAGCACCGGCGCCUCGCUCAAAGUCAACCAGGUGAUGGUGGCGCUGAACGGCGGCACCCUUUUUGCAUACCUCAAGAAAUGUGUCUCCAACAAGCACUACGUUUCCAUCGACGACAUCGAUUGCAUGAUCAAGCAGAUCGCCAGGGGCCUCUGGUACAUGCACCAGCACGGCGUGGCCCACUGUGACUUGAAGUUGGAGAAUAUCUUGAUCGACUACGACGAGGAGCUGAUCCAGCCGGGGCGAAACGGCAAGAUGGCUCGGAUGAACCUCAAAAUCUCCGAUUUCGGCAAAUCCAGCGUUUUCAGAACAAAGUGGGAUCUGACGGAGCAGUUCUGGCCUGCGUCCAACGGGCCCAUUGGCUCCGAACCGUAUAUGGCGCCGGAAGAACAUGGGAAAUUGUGCAAAAGCUGGUCUUUGGCUAAGAAGGAUAGCUGGGCUUUGGGUGUGUUGAUCUUGGUCUUGUACAAUGUGAGACGCCACUAUUUCUGUGGAGCUUCUGACAAUUUUGUGGUGACGACUUACUACGAUAAAGCGUCCAAGGAAGAAGAUUCCAGAGCAUACGGCAGCACGUACUUGUGGAAACGGACCGAUUUGAAGCCGCUUUCUCAUAAAAAAUACAGAGAUUCGGUUUUCGGCGAAUACGUUAACAAUGCCAUGGUGGCAGACUACAACAGCAAAACACAAGAAUGGAACAUCAAGAAAGAAGGCAGUUUCAUUCCUAUAGAGACGCUUUUUGACAAAGGCAGCGAUAACGAGUCGGACGAAGACGACAGUGACGAAGAAGGUUUCGAAGAGUCCGACUACGAAAUACGGCGUCUCUUCAUUUACAAGUUGCUCGACAUGGAUCCGUCUACAAGAUUAACCGUGGACGACCUCUUGAGCGGCGCCUGGAUCAACGACGUUGAAAGCUGUGCUUGA